CGUAUUUAGUUCACAAAAGUCUUCUUAAAAUGACCAACCUCACACAGUGAAAUGAAACCCCUUCCUACGCUUGGGGAGGGGGGGGGACUGUCCGAAUGCCAGGUGUGUUUUCUGUGUGCACAGGUGGGAGUACAAAUAAGAAGAAAGCUUAUGUCACAAGAAGUGAAAGAAGAAUUUUGUUACAUAUUGACAAAGCCACUCGCUUUCACUGAUAUUUUGCAUGAAUAGUAUAAUAAAAGUAUAAAGGGUGCUGUUAUUCAUUUAAGCAUAAUAACCAAACACUUUGCAGGGUAACAGUAAAAAAGACUGAAGUAUUGCUGCAUUUCUAGAGUUUAUAUUUUAAAACAGAUCAGUUUGUCCCCUUUAUGUGUCAUUUAUUGAUUAUUAUGUGUCAAUUAGAUGAUCAUCAAUACCCAGAGAUUUAUACAGAUUCAAAACGGUGUAGUUUUUUUUGCAUAGCACCAAUGAGAUCGUAGACAGACAAACUCAACCUAGAAAUAAAACUCAAUCAAGACUUGAAUAAGAGAUGAGUUUAUUUGAGGGAGAGUGUAAAGUCAGGGUCUGCGGUGAGAUGUGCAUCGCCUUCCCUUUCCAUUCCCUGUUGAAUGGGGCAGAAAGAUGUGUAACUCCGGUAAAUAGCGGUAAUUGGGAUGGAAAAAAAUAUUUAGCGCUUUAGCGCGCGCUUUCGGACGCAGACGGUGUGCGCGUGCUUCAAAGGCCGACAGUGUCCACUGGCUCCUCCCACUUUGGACCUUGUGACAACAACAACUCAUCCCGGAGAACGAGCUGCACUUUUCGGCUCAUUUUCUUCCUGUCAUUCUGUGUCUCUCUGUCUCUGUGUCUCUCUCGGGCUCUCCGUUCCGGUCCCAUCUCCAAAUGGUCGUCUCUCCGUGCGCAGCCUAAUUCAUUACCAAAGACGCUUUUUUUUUUUUUUUCUUUUCUUUUUUUUUUAAUAAAUACUUUUUCUCGGCGGAGCGCGCUACUGUGGAUUUCUCCUUCUGGCCAGCUCACGCGUUACUUACUUUCUUUCUUUGGGCUUUGUUUUUUUUUUUUGCUCCACUUUUUUUGAACUUUAACGCGUGCUCGAGCUGAUCAUGGCCGUGCCGGCUGCUUUGAUCCCCCCUUCCUCUCUGGUCCAGCCGUCUCCCAUCUCAUCCUCCUCGUCGGUGAACACCUCGUCGCCUUCGGCCACCUCGUCUCCGUGUCCGUCGGUGGCUCCGGCCGGCGCGAACCUGUUCCGCUCGGAGCUGAGAGCGGCUGCGGGAAGCCCGGUCAUGCAGAUCGCCGUCACGCCGAAUCCGCUCGCCUCCAAGCCCGUGUACUCGACCCCGUCGCCAGUGGAGAACACCCCGCAGAACAACGAGUGCAAGAUGGUGGAGCUGAGGGGCGCGCAGGUGGCCUCGUUCACGGUGGACGGACGCGAGCUUAUCUGCCUGCCGCAGGCCUUCGAUCUGUUCCUGAAGCACCUGGUCGGCGGGCUGCACACCGUCUACACCAAGCUGAAGCGGCUCGAGAUCACGCCCGUGGUGUGCAACGUGGAGCAGGUGCGCGUGCUGCGCGGCCUCGGCGCCAUCCAGCCCGGCGUGAAUCGCUGCAAACUCAUAUCGCGGAAAGACUUCGAGACCCUCUACAACGACUGCACCAAUGCCAGCUCAAGACCCGGGAGGCCUCCGAAGAGAACCCAGAGUGUUACAUCGCCAGAGAAUCCCCACAUAAUGCCUCACUCAGUGCCAGGCCUCAUGUCUCCAGGAAUGAUUCCCCCUACAGGUCUCACAGCCGCAGCUGCUGCUGCAGCCGCCGCAACCAACGCCGCCAUCGCAGAGGCCAUGAAGGUGAAGAAGAUCAAGCUGGAGGUGAUGAGCAGUUACCACGCCAACAGCACGCACCACGGCGCCGACUCCGACAACGGAGACUUGAGCUCCAGCGUGGGAAUUACUCAGUCCUCUCUCCAUCGCCUACAGCUGGUUCAGAACGCUGCAGCACGGCUUUUUACAGGUUUGGAACUGCCGUUCAUGAUGAUGCCCCACCCCCUGAUCCCUGUCAGCCUGCCUCCUGCGUCAGUCACCAUGGCAAUGAGUCAGAUGAACCACCUCAGCACCAUCGCCAAUAUGGCCGCCGCAGCGCAGGGACAGAGUGCCCCUUCCAGAAUGGUGACAUCAGUGAUUAAGGAGCGGGUGCCUGACAGUCCUUCCCCUGCUCCCUCUCUGGAAGAUGGUAGGAGGCCGGGAAGCCGGCCCUCAUCCCAGCGCAGCAGCAGCGUCUCCAGCUCACCCGCACACACCGAGAGCUCCUCCGACAGAAUGCCAAUUCAUCAGAAUGGGCUCGCCAUGAACCAGGUUCUGUUGGGUCUUUCUCCCAGCAUCCUGCCCGGCCCCAAGGAAGGUGACCUGGCUACUCACGACAUUGGCCAUGAUGUUAAGAGAAUGCACUCUGAGAAAGAAGAAGCCCCCAUGUGCACUCCAACAGCGAGGGACAGUUAUGAAAGAUUGUCGUUGGCAGGUCAAGCUUUACCACCAGGGUUCCCAUCUCCUUUCCUGUUUCCUGACGGGCUGUCAUCGAUAGAGACCCUACUGACCAAUAUUCAGGGCCUGCUGAAGGUGGCGAUCGAUAAUGCUCGUGCUCAGGAGAAACAAGUGCAGCUGGAAAAAACUGAGCUGAAAAUGGAGCUGUUUAGGGAGAGGGAACUUCGAGAGACUUUGGAGAAGCAGCUGGCUAUGGAACAGAAGAACAGAGCAAUCAUUCAGAAACGCUUGAAGAAGGAGAAGAAGGCUAAAAGGAAACUGCAGGAGGCGCUGGAGUACGAAUGUAAGCGGCGGGAACAGGUAGAGCACUCCCUUAAACAGAGCUCACCUACAGAGAGUCUCCGAUCCCUGAAUGACUCGUUGACCCAGGAGAUAGAGACUGACCGCAGCAGUGGCAGAACAGAUGCUGAAAGGACAAUACAAGACGGAAGACUAUUUUUGAAAACCACCGUGAUGUACUGAUGGGAUGAAGUGGUGGACUUAGGAAAAUCUUUCAUAUGAAGAUUUGAGAGACAUCGUAUAAAGUGUGCCCAGUCCAAGGGGCUUUUUAGUUACAAAAACAGGUCAAGCUGAUCCCAGAGGCUCCACAGAAAUGACUGAGUUUGUCCCACAGCCUAAAGGAGGGCCGUGGCGGAACGUAGAAUUAGGAUUCCUCUUCUCCAGUAUCAACAAUAUAUCCUGACAGAUUAAUGAUGGGGUUAAACAUGUCAGCAGUUCUGAAGGCGACAAUUUGAGCACAGUUAAAAUGUACCGUGAGGUACACAUGGUGAUUAUAUUUACAACAAAAUAAAUCCACAGCACUGAAGAUUUUUAUACUGUAUUUAAAACCAGCGAGAAAGCUUUGAAAAAGUAAUUCAGAUCCAGGGGUUUUUGUUUUGUAUCGAAAAAUGUUAAAACAUUAAUGUCAUUAUGUUAAAAAUUCCUAGCUUGGAAAGAAAAUAAAAAGCCUCUGAAAAUGUGAAUUUGAAUAUAUGUUGAUCGAUAGUAACGACUAAUCUUUGCUUUAAAUGUUUUCUAAAUUAGAAAAAAAAAAUACAAUCAAGUUUCUUUUUAUCAUUGUUGUACAUACAAGAACAAGAACUAGGUUAACCUGCUCACUUUGUUAUGUGUAUAUAAAGUAAAACAAAAAAAAAAAGAAAAUGGUAUUGUGUAUGCAGUAGAUCUAUUAGGAAAAAAAAACAAUACCAACAUUUAUAUUGAAUUUAUAGAUUUGUUUCUGAGCCAUUGUUCUUUCUGAUAGCUGCCAUUACGCUGAGGAAGCAUGCAGGCAUGUAAAUGUUUGUCCUGAAUUCCUGUUACUCAAUAAAUACUUAACUGUGCUGAACAACAA